CAAUUUAAUUAGCGUUGUUUUAUGACGCACGAAAAAAUGAAUGUGUUUGAACGAGCUCCUAGCUAGUCCAAGCUUGGAAUUCGUCCGAGUUCGUGGCACGCAACAAACAAAUAUAUCUAUUAGAGUUCAAACCGCGAGUGUAAAGAAUAUUGAUGAAUCAAAAAAUUGUGUGCAGUUUGAGUUCAGGUUUGAAAAAAAUUUCAAAAUGUUCUUGCAGAGGAGUGUUUCGACAUCUGAACUUUUGGCCGAGGCUGCGGGUGUAAGGAUAACAAUGACCGCUCCCGCGGAACAUGACGUGGAUAUUAUUUACAUAAAAUCAUCGUCAAGAGAAAAGGUUGUCCUGCCCGUUGACGUCACGGAAAAUGACGGCAGGGCUCCUGGGUGCGAAAAAGAGAAGAAGUCCUGCGGGUUCCAUUUGACGCGUUCAAAGUGGGACCCGUAUCCGUGGGUGGGCUUUGUCGAGCCAGGAAGCAUCGCUCACGAAGCCGGUUUGAGGGCCGGUGACUGUCUGCUCGAAGUUUGCGGCCGCGACGUCGUUGGUCUCCGUGUCAAGGAAAUAGCGACCUUGAUACAAAACCGAGCAAAACGCUCCAUAGAUCUUGAAGUAUGGCGUAGUCCCGAGGUCAUUACCGCCUCUUCAACGACCGAAGAAUUCCCUGACGAUGACCUCGCAGUAAACGGAGUGAAGAACUGCGAUCCAGGCGUGGCUCUUCAGGGUCCGCUACCAGAAGUUGCUCGAAAAUUAGCUAACGCUGUUUCCGGUACCGUCAAAGCCCUGGAGUGUCCGAUUUGUUUGGAAAGCGCAGCUCCUCCUGUAUCCCAAUGUGUCCACGGUCACAUCUUGUGUUCAGGAUGCAGAUCCAGAACCGACAGAUGCCCGGUAUGCCGAGUUCGUUUGGGACAAGGCAGAUGCCUUUUGGCGGAUAAGGUCCACGGUACUUUACGGGAGGCUUUCGAGCUUGGUAACGGCGAAUCUCAUCUGGGAGAGAAAUUAUUUGGUCGGUUAAAACGUGGGGGUGGAAAAACGGGAGUUGGGGAUAACAAGGACGUUAGAACAGGAGCUAGACACUUACUGGCGAGGCUUUUCCUCGGGGUCGGCGUUGAGCGAUCGAUGGAGAACAAAGCUGCAUCCGCCGAAAAUUUAUCCGUCAUAGUAAACGACGAGGAACAUAAGAAUUCGGGUGGGACUUCGAGAAGACUGAUAGCCAAGCGUCUCGGAGAACUUAGUUCCAGCGAUCGCGCUAAGUCGGCAAGCACUGGAGAACUCGCGAACCCUGUGAUUAUUCGCGGUCUUGACAACGAACUGAGAGAUUUUCCAAGCUCUUCUAAUCCAGAUGUUACCUUUGAAAGAGGCGCAAGGGGAACGGGCAGUCUUCUCAGUGUACCACAAACUCCGACCUGGGGUGGUUCCACGGAAUCAAUUUCCAACGCCUUUGUUCGAUGUCCUUUGGCACAGAAUACGAGAUGCACGGAGCUCGUCACCCCGGGUUUUCUUCUCGAACAUCUUGGUACGGCUCAUCAGGGGCCGCAAGUACAUUUUUACAGCGGUACAGCCACUGUUUCCGUACCCACACCCCUGGGACCGGACGCUAUUUACGUGUUGCACCAUGCGGGGGAGAUAUUCAUUUUCAAGUGCGACGAAGAAUCUGCGUGGAUAAUCACUACCGGCGGUGGCAGUAGGCAAUGGGAUUGGUAUUUGCGUGGAUGGGGUGCAGAUGGUACAGAAGUGAAGCUCCGGAGGAGCGUUGUGAUCUUGGAAGAACACUCCCAGCAAUUGACGCCUCAACAAACUGCCCCUCUUCCUAAGGCCCUUAAUAUAAGGACUAUAGAAAUCCAGCUGGUGGAAUCUUGUCCAGGUGAAGUGGCUCGGAUGUGAGACAUGAUCGAGAUUACUGGAAUCAUUUUCCCGGUUGCAUGACCUGACCCAACACUGCGUCACUCUGGUCGGUGUUAAAAUGAUGCCUUAAAAUAACACACAUCAUUAAAAGGUACCAAUAUCUAGGUAUUUAUUAAUUCAACAUGUUACAUAACGUUAUCACAUUGUAACAUUUCAUGUGAAAAGAGAGAAUAUAAAAUAAAGAUACAUAAUGUAGAAAAUACAAGAA